AGAAAAUAAGAAUCUUACUGGAACAGCUAGAUAUGCUAGUAUUAAUACCCAUUUGGGAGUUGAACAAUCUCGCCGUGAUGAUCUCGAAUCGCUCGGCUACGUUAUGAUGUACUUCUGUCGGGGCUCACUUCCGUGGCAGGGACUCAGAGCAGCCACUAAGAAACAAAAAUAUGAUCGCAUCAUGGAGAAGAAAAUGACGACACCUACAGAACUUCUGUGCCGCGGAUUCCCGAACGAAUUCGCUAUUUACCUGAAUUAUACUCGGUCACUCCGCUUUGACGAUAAACCUGAUUAUAGUUAUCUGAGGAAACUUUUCAGGGAUUUGUUUGUGCGAGAGGGAUAUCAGUAUGACUAUGUAUUUGAUUGGACGAUCUUUAAAUACGAAAAAGAUGGCAAAGGCAACCAAAUACCCGAUGCUGACCCUAACGAGCACGCUGAAGAAGACGGCAAGAAACGUGUCACAUCCGCUCGGCAACCGUCAGGUCAGCUAGUCAAUGAUCCCGCUUCAUCAUCUACACUUCGUCGUUCAGCAAAACAACCUAUCCAAUCUGCCCCAAUUGCUGCCGGUCGUCCAUCUGGAAUGUCUGCUACAGCUGCAGGUGCAUCUCGAAUGGCGCCGGGUACAAGGAGAAAGACAUCAACUCAAGAGGCUGUAAUGGAGCAACAGAGAGUUCUUGGAGGAGAGAGAGGGCUUCGUAACGUAGCAAAGAACCAGCCGCCGAAUUACAUGAAUACUUUUCGAGUUAGAAAAGAAGAUCCAGCCGGAAACAGUGGGCAAUGGUAUUGA